UGCGGUAGCUCCUGCCUGCUCGAGGUGAAAACCUCGCACAGGGCGAAAACUUCGCCCCAGUUCAUCAUCCAAAGUCUGUAUGUAUGCAUCACCCACGAAUCACUUUGGCGUACAGUAUCCCAUUCAUUCAUCAUGACUGCUGUUAUCAAGAUCUCUGAAAAUGGCACACUCUCCGCCAUCCAAGUCGGUCCGGCUGAGCUCGUUGCUGCCUUGAAUGCGGCCACUUCUGCUUGGGGCUGGUUGGGAGGUCUUUCUGGUGUCCAGCGCCUCUUCUCGUACGUUCGAAAGAAAAGCGGUACAAAGACCAUCGACACACUUGUGAAGCGGAUGCGAAUUGAGCCAAUUACGUGUCAGGUGCUUACAAGCUAUGGAAUCGUGCGCCUGGAUGAUCUCGAUACCCGUCACGCAUUUGGAGGAACCUUUGAGACUCAAUUGUUGGGACAGACAAUUUGCGCACUUGCACAUGAAUGUGGUGGCCGCCAGGCUGUACAUCUCUUCAUGCAAUGUCUUGCUCCAAAGCUCUUCCCAGGGGAGGAAGAAAUGGCUGGUCUCAGAGAGGCUCUUCACGCUCAACUCAACGACAAUCACGAGAAGAUCUUGAACGAAGGAGCUGGCCGUUCUCUUACGCAAAGGUUCAACAAUGCCAUCUGGGCCUCGAACUUACCAUUCUGCGUCAUGAAUCCGGCGAAAGAUAAAAGACCGGCAUAUGAAGGUCGAAAACUCGAGAGCUACAUGGUCGGUGGUCUAUUGCAAUGGCUAGGACAAGAAAAGGUCAAAAUCUACCACACUCGAAGUGCGUUGGUCCUGAGAGUUGCAGUGUGUCUCCGAGAGAUUGGUUACAUGGUAGGAGAGCUUACGUGCUGGAGUGGUGAUGGAGAUGAGCCUCAAAUCUCGAGAGGGGUGAUUCUAGUCCUCGGAGGCACUUCACCUACGGAUACCAUGAUGUUGUCCGAGAAUUCUCCAUAUUGCGAAACAGUUUUCUUUCACCACUACCGGUUCACGACAAUAGGAUCUGUAUUUCUGAACGGACUACCACAUGUCGAUGAGAGACAUCAUCCAGAGCCAUUUCAGACAAUCUUCGACAAAGUCCUGCGGUGGGUUACUGAAAAUCUUUCAUUCGAUUGGAAGGUCGUUCAUAAAGACGCAAACGUCGGCUUGCAAUCAGUCCCGAGAUGGACCAAGCACCCUGAGAAGCCGUCUUCCGAGGCUAGAAGAUUAGCAUCAUUCCACUUCACCAACUCUGGAGACCAUCUAGCUCACUGCUAUAGCUACGUGGGAAUAGCUAAUGAGAGACACAUUGAUGCUGUUCUCUUGAGCAUGCAAGGAGCAAAUAAGGGAAAACCGCUUACGAAAGAAGUCGCAAAUUUCAGGGUUCUCACUGCAUCAAUCUUGUUUGCAGUCUCGAGUUUGUUAGGUGGCAAGGACUUUUCAAAGUUGCAACAUGUUACUUCAGUUGACUUGUCGUUCUCGGCAUUUGGCUGGAUGUCAGUAGCUCUCGAGCUCUUAGAUGAAGGUCUCAUAGAUAGUUUGCCACUUGGGAGAGCGAUAGAUAUUGUGGCUGGAGUACACGCUGGUGCCAUCCCCGUCCGAAGUCCACAGUCCGCCAUAGAAAACUACUCAAUUGGUUACCGAAAUGGCAUAUACGGAGUGCUGCCGUCUUUACUAUUUGCCAUGAAGCCUAUCCCAGAGGCUUUAGGACUUCGAUGUGUAGACCAGUUCUAUGGUACGAUCCCUGUCCAUCCAGAUGGGUACAUUCGAAGCAUUGGGUCGGCACGACUCAGUUACGAUACGUCAACUCAGACUCCCCCUGCAAAUACCUAUUCAACUCAGGCUUGGAUCGGCCCACUGGAAGUUGUUGCGCCAGACGUCCCCCUACACCUCAGCAUUGAGCGAAGCGCGGAAGACAUCUACCCCAACACUUCGCUAGCUGGUCGCGUCAACGGACAGCUUGUUGGCUAUGUCACUAUCCAGGAUGUAAUUGAGGCCUUGGCUGAGAAUCUCGAAGUCAAAUCUAUCGAUUCUACGACCCAUGCUGGGAAUCGCAACUUCUUCAAUGUCCAGCCCUCUUUCUGGGCAGAGAAAUGGAGCAUCAAACCCCAUAUUCAAGGCUACCAGACGCAUGUGUCAGCUGGAAGUGAUCCCUGUUGGGCUAUAUUCCUUGCUGGCCAAGCUGCAAGUUUCGGCGUCUGCAUGGCUCUUGAACUCCCGGAGUGGUCCAACGCACUGGUUACGGACACUACAUCUGUGAUAGUCAGCUACAAGGAAAAAGACAUAGGCGAGAACCAACAUGAUAUUGCAAAUUCCAAACACUGAGGCAGACCAACAGAUCGGAAGCCCUGCAGAUGAGAACCAGUACACAUCCUAUGAAGAACUUCGACACUUUCGAUAAUACUCAAGC